AUGAAGAUCACUCGGCAGAAACACGCCAAGAAGAACCUGAGCUUUUACCGGAACAAUUUCCGCUUCCGGGAGCCCUACCAGGUGUUGCUGGACGGGACCUUCUGCCAGGCGGCUCUGAAGAACCAGAUCCAAAUCAAGGAGCAGCUCCCCAAAUACAUGAUGGGCGAUAUACAACUCUGCACCACCCACUGUGUUUUGAAGGAACUGGAGUCCUUGGGGAAGGAUCUGUAUGGAGCCAAGUUAAUUGCCCAGCGAUUUCAGGUGCGGAGCUGCGCUCAUUCGAAGAGCCCCGUCGGCGGCUCAGCAUGCCUGUUAUCCAUGAUCGCAGACAAUAACCCGCACCACUAUUUCAUCGCCACACAGGAUCACAGUCUCGGAAACAAAGUACGGAAGAAAGCGGGCAUCCCCCUGAUGUUCAUCAUUCAGAACACCAUCGUUCUGGACAAGCCUUCCCCCAAAUCCGUGGCUCAUGUCAAGGCCUUACAGGCCAGCGAGCUGGUGCCCGACCAUCAGAAGCAGAAUCUGGAGCAUCUGAAGGAUGAGCAGGGGGUGGCUCAAGACACAGGACGCCGAGGAAAAAAAAGGAAACGUGUCGGAGGGCCCAACCCUUUAAGUUGCCUGAAGAAGAAGAAAAAAAACGCCAACUCGGCCUAUCACAGCGGCUCCUGAUCAGACGAAGAGGAGGAGGAAAAGGAAGAGAGGGAAAGGGUUAGGAAAACACAAUACAGAGACUGCAUAG